UCAAACAGAAAAUGGCGGCUGAGAGGGAAGCUGGAGGAAGCAGACAGAAUAGAAGGGGAACGGUUUGUAACGUCGUGAUUAGCCAUGAGACUAGUCUGCGUAGCCAGCCCAUCAUCUUCAAUCCUGAUUUCUUUGUGGAGAAAUUGCGUCAUGAGAAGCCAGACGUCUUCAUGGAGCUGGUGUUGAGUAACAUCACAAGGCUCAUUGACCUUCCUGGUACAGAGUUUGCCCAGCUACUGGGGGAAAUGGAUCCCAAACUGCCCAGUGCAGCAGGUUUCUUCCGUUCCUUGAACUUCCUCAAACGCAAAGAUAAGGGAGUUGUGUUUGGAACCCCCUUGACUGAAGAAGGGAUUGCUCAAAUAUACCAGCUCAUUGAGUAUCUCCACAAAAAUCUGCACGUGGAGGGCCUUUUCAGAGUGCCUGGGAACAGCGUCCGACAGCAGGCUCUAAAGGACUGUCUCAACAAUGGUCUUGACAUUGACCUGGAUUCAGGGGAGUUCCAUCCUAAUGAUGUGGCUACUCUACUGAAAACCUUCCUUGGGGAGCUUCCUGAACCGCUGCUAACUCACAGGCACUACCACGCUCAUCUUAAAAUAGCAGAGCUAACGUUGUUUGACGAGAGGGGGAAUAAGACGGCUGCGCCAGAUAAAGAGCGUCAGAUAGAAGCCCUGCAGCUGCUGUUCAUGCUGCUCCCGCCUGCCAACCGCAGCCUGCUCAAACUCCUGCUGGACCUGCUGUACCACACUGCCAAACAGCAGGACAAGAAUAAGAUGUCCGCCUAUAACCUGGCCCUUAUGUUUGCUCCCCACAUCCUAUGGCCAAAAAAUGUGACAGCUAGUGACUUACAAGAGAAUAUACAGAAGUUGAACAAUGGUGUGGCAUUCCUGAUCAAGCACUCGCAAAAACUGUUCCGGGCUCCAGCAUAUAUCAGAGAACACUCUAGGAUGCAGUUCUCAGGAUUGAAGAUCCUUCAGUCAAAGGAUGAUCUGGAUCUCUUGCCCUCCCAAGGAGCUAAUGGCCUUGUCACUUCGAAGAGGAGCUGCCUCGAUCCUCCCUCCUGCUCCCAGCCUGAUGACAGCCAGUGUCAUACAGAAGAAGCUCUAAAGGAACUGUUCCGUCAUGUUAGCAACAUGCCGGAGUCUGCUAAGAAGAAGAAGUUGGUUCGACAGGCUUCUUUCAGAGUUGUUGAAUGCAUCCUUUACUUCUUCUAUACAAAAAAAAAAGGUUUUUUAUGUUUAAAACAGAAAAGGGUUUUGGGGAACCAGACUUUAAUGGAAAAGAAAAGCAAAAAUACGUCUCCAGAGCCCUCUACUCCCAUCAUGGUACUGACGGACAAACACGGGAAAGAAAACAUUGAUUUGCAAUCUUUUGAGAGGCCCCUAAAUUCUCCAGCCCUGGUAAACAGAACAGUGAAUUUAAAGUCUGCUGAUGAGAACUCCAGGGUCAAGGAUUGCUCCUCUUGUACCAAGGCCUGCUUUCCCCCAGCACAGGAGUCUUCUGUUUAAAAAAUAUUUUUUGAAAUGGUCCUUCAAAAGCUGUGAUUAAGUUUAUCAUUCACUGUGGUAUAUUCAACACAACUGAGCCAUUUUUCUGUAUGUAUAUAUGUAUAUGUUUUUGUUUUUAAAAAUGGUCUGUUUUGGAUCAAACGGUGAAACUAAAUCUUCUUUGGGAUUUCUGGAAGUCAGACUGUCAGCAUGGAUCUUGGUGAUUCAUUGACAUUAUACAAAGCUAGUGAUGGGUAUAAUUAACUAUAUAUAUAACUACCUUCUCUCCUAUCACAUGAAUAGGACACAUUUAAUUUGGGGAUACUCCAAUCCAUUUCCAUAUAACUUAUUCUGACGUAAUGGGUUGGUGGAUCUGAUAUAUUGAAAUACACACUGAAUCUGGAUGCCUGUUGGCCAUGCUGUACAUCUAUGCAUAAAAUGGCUCAUCUUAAUUCUAUUCCUUUUUAUAGAAAUAAAUGCGUCUGCAUUCAGAAUCUUGAUGGAGUCUUUGCAGUAAGAUGUCAGGUCUAACUUGGUGGUGAUAAAGUGAAAUUUGUGAAUUGAAUGUGUAAUUUAUGAAACUUCGGUUGGACUGUUAAUGGAUAUUCAACUGCUUCUAGUUCUGUUCCAAUACUGCCUUUUAUGUUUGGAUAGUUGUAGUGAAAUCCCAAUAGAUAUUUUAACACAUUUGGAAGGCUUUUUAAAUGCAAGUAACAUUAUUACUAUUUUGAAUGCAGGAAUGGGUUGAAUGUUGUUGGUCUUGGGAAGUGCACAAGAAGAUGGACCUUGUGUUUAGUUUUAACGUUUAAAAAGUUUUGGAAAUGCCAGACCAUUCUGGUUACAGGUCCAGAAAGUGUCAUAUUAAUUUAAAUGGUGGGAUAUGGAAAAUGCUAUGAGUAAAGGGUCAUUUGUGAAAUGCCAUGAAUGAAUUCAAAAGUAAGGAGGGUUCGCGAUAAGUAAUGAUUGAGAAAGAAUGUGGAAGAGAGGAUAUUCUGUUGAUUGAAUUUAAGUCUGUGAGAUGCUCAUAUGAAAUGUGAACGUAGCAAUUUUAUGGUUAGUUUUAGAAGUUAUUUAACUAAGUGCCUUUGUGAGAUUUUUUUAUUUACAUCACAGGCUCAAUAACUGUUUUUUUAACAUUUGGUUAACUAUCUUUAUUGGUAUGAUAAAUGUUGUCUUGUCUGACAGUGUUUUAAUAUACUACUAUGCUUUUAGAAUUUUGUUUACUAUCAUAAAUUAUUAAUUUAGGGAUAAUAAUGGGAGUAUUGGUAAGAGGUCCUGACGUUUUGUUCAUUAAUAUGGUUCUGAUGCUUCUGAAAUGUUAAAAAUAGUCUCCAUCAGAAUGUAGCUUCAAAAUGGAAAAUUCAAGACGAGUAAAAAAAACAUGCCUUUCCAGAACCUCCUUUCCAGUCUGAAUUGUGCCCACAUUUCCCCAGAGUAAUGUUAGCACAAUGAAAACCCUUUUCCUACAUGACCACUUCAAUUCUGAUAUUGAUGUGAUAAAAGUAGUGAGUCUGAUCUCUAAUGUCUGUUACAUUAUAACCACUGUGUGGCCAGUUGAGCCAUAUCUUAUUUUAAUAUUUGCACACAGACCUCACUAUUUCUAUAUCCUGUUUUUUUAAGGGCAUUUACAGUUUUUUCCCCUCUUAGUGAUGAAUGAAUGCUGCUAAAAUCUAAUCUCUGAUUUUAGCAUCUGUGCUGUGUCUUGGUUUCAGUUCACCUUUGUAAGCAAAAUUUGUUUUUUUGCUGCUUUAUUAGUCUUUUUUUUGGUUAGUUUCUUAGAAAAGCAAGUAGACAGAUGCAUCUUAUCUUGAAUGAUUAACUUAACAUUUAAAAUAUUUCAAACCUCACGCUGCUUUUUUCAAAUUUUAUCUAUAAAAUCACUAUAGAAGCCUGCAAGGAAAGGUUUUUUAAUACAACAUUGUGACCAUCCAAGGAAAUAAAGAUUGCUUCAUUAGUUCAGAUACAUCCUUACUGUCUUUAUUUGUUAGUCAGAAGUAUGCAUUUUGCAUGAAUUGUGGUGCAAAUAAUUUUGCACUCUAUAUACUACACUAUACUGAUUUGAAGUCGCGUUUGUUUAUAUUGAAAAACUUUUUGCAAUAGUGUGACAUUUUAAAAAAAUAAACCGAGACUGUUUUGUAUUUCUUCACAUAUUAUAUUGACAGUCUUGGGAAAAUCAAAUCGUGCUGUAAUGUAAUAGCAGUGCAGCUACUAUACAUCUUCAAACUAAAAUAGCAGGUGUUUGAAUACACUUCACUGGAGUAAUAGCUUUCUGACAUAGCAGACUGGGUUUGUGCCAGACAGCAGGCAGGCAACACCUUACUAAAGUAACAAAAUGUUCUGAGCAUGUUUUAAUAACUCAAAGUCAGAAAUAUCUGAAUUCUCAUUGCUUAGUUCAGAUAACACUUUUCUGUUUCUACUCUGAAGCAGGCAAUAAACAAAUAGAAACCUAAUUUGAAGCCAUGCCCAACUUGUAAGAGCCUAUAGGUGAACUUUAAAGUGAAGUUUGAAAUAGUGGGAUCAGUUUUGUAUGAGAAACAAAACUUGAACAAUUAACCCCUUACAUUUCAUAAUAACCUUUAUAGCUUUUUUCACAUCUUUGGCAUAUAGAAGCUGGAGAGCCUUGUCAAAAUCAGAAAUGUAUGAUUGCUAUCAACCUGCUUUCUCGUGAAUAAGUAGGUAAUCUUGUAGUAUAUGCUUUACUAACCAACCAAAAUAUUUCCUGGCCAUUAUAGUCUUAAACUGUGCAAUAGAGCACAGCACAGGUCGCAUAAAAUUCUGUUUUAAGAA